AUGAAUAAAAACUAAACAAUAUUCGAAGAGGUCUGCACCAAUUCAAUAUACUGUUAAAACGAUUUAUGCUAAUUGGAUCAUUCCAGGAUAUACGUUGGAGUUUGCAUAGAUUUAUUAAGGGCAGAAUAAUAAUUUUAUAAUGAUGGAGGAGAAGAUUUCAAAUAAUUAAUUUGCAAUAAUUCUAAUUGCAACUUAUAUCACUUCAAUGAGGAGAAAUUUAAUAAUUUAAAGAGUGGAAUAACCAUUAAUGGAAUAUUUCCUCAUAAUCUAUGUCGUUAGGAUUGUAAAUUUAAUUGUAAUUAUAUACACAGAGAAUGGGCUUAAAAUGUAUGUUUAAAUAAUAUUGUUAAAAUCUGCCGUAAUAAAAAUUGUAAAUUUGAACAUAAAGAAUGGUAAUCAUUAAAAGAAAAAGCCAAAGCUUGUUCAAAAAUUCAAUUUAUUACACCUGAGGAAAUAUUUUCUAAAGAUAAGUAUGAUUGUGGAAAAUACUCAUAUUUAUUGAAAGAUUAUUGUAACCUUUAUAUAUAGGGUUUGUGUAGAAAUAAAAAGUGUUAAAAAAAUCAUAUAGAUUGGGAAAAUAUUGAUAACAAAAUGAAUUAAACAAAUUCUUUAAAAUCUUGUAUUGUUAUUGCUUAAGAAAGAAAAAAGUAAAUUCAAACUACAAGUGAUGAAGUGUAAUUAUUUUGCAAAUAAUCAGAAUUUUUUCAUUAUUAAAAGAGGUUUGAUCAAUAAAAUAUUAUAGACGUUGUUUUUAUAAUGGAUUUAACUGAAUCGAUGAAGCAAUGGAAAGAACAUAUGCAAAAUACAAUGGAUACAAUAAUAGAUAAAUUUAUAAAAUCAAUUAAUGGAUAUCAAGUUAGAGUAGCAUUUGUAGGUUAUAGAGAUAUAUGUGAUAAGGAGGACUAGAUAGUUUAUUGGAGUUUUACUAAAAAAAUUGAUGAACUUAAGAACUUUAUAAAGGGAUUAGAAGCUAAAGGAGGUGGAGAUUAUGCUGAGGAUAUAGUCUCUGGAUUCAAAUAAGCUUUUUAACUUAAUUUUUCUCACCAUGAAGACAGUUUAUUAUGUACAUUUUUACUUGCUGAUGCUCCUUGUCAUGGAAAAGCUUAUCAUAAAUAUCAUAACUUUUAAUCUGAUAAUCAAUUUGAUAAAAUGCCUAAUAACUAUUUUGAAGAUGUUUUGGAAAAAUAUAAAAAAAUUAAAAAAAAUAAUUUUCUGUGUUGUAUUAAAAUUAAUGAUACUACAGAUAUUAUGUUUGAAAAAAUGUAAAAAGCCUUUCCAAUGUUAACAAUAACAACAAAAAAAUAACCUGAAGAUUUAAGCGAAUUAGUUAAAUUUACAUUGCUAGAAUCUGUAACAAAAUCCAUACAAAAUAAUUAAUAAACUAAUUAAGAGUAUGAGUAUUAAAAAGCAAAUUUCAUAAAAUUCAAAUUAGAUACAUUUACUGAUAAAUAUGAAAGUGAUUAUUUUUGGAAAUCAUUCUUGGAAUUUUGCUAAACAAGAAAUGGUGAAACAGGAUUAAAAGUGUAUAAAAAGAAAUUAAAUAUAUUAGAUGAUAAUUCAUCUACUUAUAUUUUUAAAGCUUUUGAUUCCAUAAAUAAUAGAGAAGUUAUUAUUAAAAUUCCAAAAAAAUAUGUUGAUAAUCAAAAAUAAUUUACUAAUGAAGAGAUUUCCAGAGAUGAAGAAUUAGCAGAAACAAGAUUUUAUUCUUCUUGCUAUGCUUGCUAAAUGGCAUAUUUCUUUAAUUAAAGAUUAAAAGAAAAUAAUCUAUUAAAGGAGAUGUAACCUCUCUUUUAUGCUCAUCCAAUUUUGUAUACACUUUCAAAACCAUUAUAUGGAAUGAAAAAAGUUUAUGGUGAAACCUUCAUAUAAAUUUAAUAAUACAAAUUUUAAAAGUACUCUAACAAUUCUAAAUAUAUUGAUCCUCAAAAAUAUUUUUAUUCAUCAUUUAGUCAUUUUUCAUUUGAAGUUAGUAAAGAAAAUUUAGUCAUUAUGGAUUUAUAAGGAGCUCAUAAUAUCUUAUCUGAUCCUUCAAUCUAAACUGAAGAAUCUUGGAUAUCUAUUUUAAUAAAAGAUCCUACCAAUAGAUUUAACAAUGGAAUCUUUGAUUUUAAAACUGCAUAGCAUAAAGAAUGCAGUUACUUAUGUGAAAAAUUAAAGCUCCAUAAAAUUAAUUAGAAUACAAAGUAUAAUUAAACUCUCUGUCCUCCAAAUUAAAUAAAAAAUAUGUAUGGAAUAUGUUAUGAUUGCGAUGAAUUUAUUAGCUUCAAUGAAGAGUUACUUAAUGAUAAAAAUAACAAUAAAUUUACAUUUAAUUGUAAAUUCUGUUCGGAUUCUAUGUCUUAAAAAAAAAUAGAUGUAUUUUGCACAUGUUGUUAAUAUAUGUUCUAAACCUCCAUAAACAAUUAAUUAAAAUAAUUGACAAAUGUAGGGAUUUGUUAAGAUUGUAAAAACAUCUGUGAAAAAUAAAUUGUUACUUGCUAUUACUGUAGGAGAAAAUGCAAAAAGAUUAUGACUGAUAUAACUCUUAAUAAUCAAACCUUUGAUAUCUGCAAGGAUGCUUACGAUUAUNUAUUGGAGUUUUACUAAAAAAAUUGA